AUGCCCCAGUAUCCUCCUCCCUUCGCAUAUCCUACACCAUCUCACAUGAUCCCACCUCAAAACCCGCAAUAUCCAACACCUUUUGCAUAUCCGCAAAUGAUGCCCCAGGCUCCUCCUAAUCCCACGCCUAUGCACAACCAAUAUCCUAGACCGACUCAGAACUAUCGGACUAGUACAACCCCACCACGGGCUGUGUCUCCAGCACCUGCUAGUAAUUUAGACUACCAGCAGACUCGCCGUCCGGACGCACCAGCGAGUCCCCUUCCGCAGCGUCCGAAGAACGUGCAUUUUGCGGAACACUCAAUAGGAUCUUUAGAGCAAAAUCAGAGGCCGAGGACUCCCCAGUAG